AUGCUAGAUGUGACGUCGGUUGGCUCCGAUCUGACACCUGCACAGCUGGAGGAGACGCUGAGCGACCUGGCCUUCUUCCUGGACACCUUCGGCUCCACGCGUGCCGUCCGCGCCAAGCUGCGAGCGCAGGAAAGCGACAUCAAGCGCCUCGACCGGAAAGUGCUCCUCCCGCGCGACAAAAACUUGCAUCAAUCGGAAGAAGAAGAAAAAGAAGAAGAACGAGAAGAACGAGAAGAACAGCAAAGAGAAGGACAAGCACAAGAAGGCGUCGACGAGACGAUGGUCGACGUGGACUUCUUCCUGCGCACCUUCGGCUCCACUCGAGCGGUUCGAGAGAAACUGGAAGCUCAGAGCCAGAGGAUCGUGGGGUUGCAGCACACCGCCAAGUGGCUUCAAGAGCGUUGGAAGCCGACCGAGGAGAGCUGCGAUGACUCUCGUGAUGUGGAGUACUUGGGCACGGGGCCGGCGUCAAAGGCUGAUAUAACAGAGAGCGGCAUUUCUCAAGACGAAGAUGAAGAUGUCGACGGGACGGACAACGGAGACGGCAGCGAGCAUGAAGAGCCUGGAGAUGAUGGCGACGUUGUGAUGACUUCACGUGGGCGGAAUGCAGAAGAUAAGAAGGCGGAAGGAGCCGACGUGGAGCCAACAGAGAUGCAGCGCAAAGUGAUGGCCCCGAGAGAAGAUGAAUGUGGUGCUUCUAGUGCCAGCAGUGUUGCUGACGAGAGCGACUCCACCCCUCACAGCGGAUGUCGGUCGGUAAAGUCGGCGUUCUCUGUGGAGUUCCCGACUGUGUGA